AUGAGUCACAUAGCAAACCAUCUGUCUCGGGUUCCAUAUAUUGAUCAACCAUCGAGUAGGCUGUGGAUGUCAAACCAUAAAAUGUCAACCCACUUGUGCCAGAAGGAUGAAUUUUCUGUAUUUUAUAGUAUUUGUAAACAUUUAUUUAAGUCCUCAAAUUGUUUGUUCUCGCCAUCACAACAGCAGAAGACAAAUGGCUGAACAGAACCGUGCUAACCAGUACCGUGGCGAUAGUUAUAUCUACGAUGCCGAUUCAGACUCAGACUACGGAGAAGAUUCGGCUUACGGUCACCAUCGGAACAUGCGUGAAGAUACACGAAUCAAUUCGGCAACGACACUCGGAGAUAUUGUAGAUCUGAGCAGCUUCAGCGAUGGAGAAGUAUCCCUGGCAUUAUCCAUGCUCACAGAGCACGAACUUGACCGAUUGGAUCAGUUGGUAGAUGACGAACAGGCCGAUGCUGACAAUUUCAUGGUGAAACGACACAUCAAUAACGGCCAUAAGACGAAACGAGAAUGUCAGGGAGACGCUUGUGAUGGGUCUUUGGAAAGGGAAGAAACUCGAGUGGCAAGAGAUGUUAACCAUGAAAAGAACCAAAUUGCUUCUUUUAGAUCAUGGUUCUCGAGAAACAAAAGCACCAAAACCACGACAAAACCUACGAAGAAAACCGUGAGAACUACGAGAAGACCUUCAGUUAGAACUACGAGGAAAACGACGGUGACUAAACCAACUAGAAGAAUUUCAACUCCUAGGAUCAAUAGGGGAAGAGCGAAGCAAAAGUAUUUGGGCGACAAUGACAACAUCCUACGCUAUGGAAGAAAUAACGAUGCUAGACAAUUCAUUGACAGUAAUGUGAGAGAAAAGAUAGAUUCACUCACCAAUAAAAUCAAAAGAAGAGCAGACCAAGGCGAAACAAGUAAAAACACAAGAACAGCUCAUUCUGUCCCACUCCACACAGGGAUGGCCCGGUACCGUCAGGAUGCGGUCAUUCGCCAGAAAAGAAGUUCCUUUGCGCCGGAAUCGGGUGGCACUUUGGAUGAUUCGUUUCCUCAUCCCCGGGAAGAAACGGCAUCAUUUCACGACUCAAUGGAACCUCUCGUCCGUGUUAAGCGAGGCCCUUCUGGAGUAUAGCAUCUUUUGGCUUAUGUUGGUGUACUGUGUUAUAUUUUAUAUGUGCAUUUUUGUCUGCAAAUAAAGCUUAUUAUAAUGUGUAACGCCCGUUUGUAGCUCGGGACUGAUCUGUUGGCACGUGUCAAACAACUUUUUCUUUCUCACAAGGUUUAUUGUAGGUUAUAGGAUGUAGGUUCUACUUCUCAGACUUGAUAGUUUCACUAUGGUUUUAACCUCUCUAUAAAGGAAGAAAUCAAUGGAAUACCAGAGCACUUUCAUUCUAUAUGUAUUCCGCAAGUUUUUUCAAGUAAGUUCGGCUAUGUUGGCAAGGACAGACAAUUUUAUAACACUAGCAGAAUGCACCGUUAGCCUGAAAUGAGCUCUUAUUUAUCUUUACCAGUAUUCUAAGAUCGAUCAACAGAUUCGAUGAAGCCUGCUUGAUGCUCGAUGAAGCGUGCUUCCUGAAUAGAGUACGCCAAAACUUGAGAGAUUUGUUGAAACACAAACGCUCUUACGUUGAUGCUGUUAGCCUGGCUCCCU